CAGAGGGCGAUGGCCGCCGAGACACUCAAUUUUGGACCGGAAUGGCUCCGCGCGCUGUCCAGUGGGGGCAGCGUGGCCUCCCCCCCGCCCUCUCCUGCCAUGCCAAAGUACAAGCUCGCGGACUAUCGCUACGGCAGAGAAGAGAUGCUAGCACUUUAUGUCAAAGAGAACAAGGUCCCGGAGGAGCUCCAGGAUAAGGAAUUCGCUGCCAUUCUCCAGGAAGAGCCACUGCAGCCGCUGGCCCUGGUCCCACUAACGGAGGAGGAGCAGAGGAAUUUCUCCAUGUCUGUGAACAGCGUGGCGGUGCUGAGGCUGAUGGGAAAAGGAGGCGGAGCCGCUCCCGCUGGAGUCUCCCGGGGGAGGGGCAGUACCCGGAGCCGAGGCCGGGGCCGAGGCGAGAGCGGGUUUUACCAAAGAAGUCCGGAGGAGCCAGAGGGGGCGUUCGGGCGCGGGGCCCGGGAGAUCCACCGCAGCCAGAGCUGGGACGACCGGGGCGAGCGGCGGUUCGAGAAGCCGACCCGGCGGGACGGAACCCGGGCUCCCUUCGAGGAGGGGGCUCCACUCCCCCGCAAGGACUACGCCCGCUCGGACAGCAACAACUGGCGGACGCUGCGGGAGGAGCAGGAGGAGGAGGAGGAGGGGGGCGGGGGCGCCGGCCCCACUCCCGCCGGGGCGGCCGCGGGGGGCAGCUGGCGGCUGAGUGGGGCCCGGCGCGAGAGUGAGCGCUGGCGGUCGGCCAGCCCAGAUGGUGCGCCCCGCUCGGCCGGCUGGCGGGAGCACCCCGAGGGCCGGCGCCGCAAGUUCGACUUCGACUUCCGGGAGCGGGAGGAGGAGCGGGGCGGGCGGCGGCACCGGGGCAGCGACAGCUUCGAGGACGACAAGGACGGGCUGCCCGAGUGGUGCAUGGACGACGAGGACGAGGAGAUGGGCACCUUCGACUCCUCCGGCGCCUUCAUGCCCCUCAAGAAGAGCCCCAAGGAGCCAAUCCCUGAGGAGCACGUGUUCGACUUCCAUCCGUUGCAGGAAGACGACGAGAGGUUGGAAGGGAAGGAGGACGCCGAGCCCGGCUCGAAGGAGGCCCCCGAGAAAGAGGCCUGGAAGGAUCCCUCGAUGGCCCCGGAGGAGAAGCGAUGUUCCCCGCCCGGCGCCCCCUGGCUGUCGGGCCCCCCCUUUGCUGCUACUGUUGCCACUGCCACUAGUGAAUGUGAGAGCGCCCUCCUGGGGGGCUCGGACCCCACCGUGCCCCUCGGCACCUGCGACAAGGAGCCGAAGCCUGCUGCAGAAGGGGACUCAGGCAUCCUGGGCCUCCCGUCACAGCUCAGCACGGGCGCGGUCUCCACCCUCUCCUCCCCUUCCUCCACCACCAAUGCUGCUACUGAGUUUUCCAUCGGAGACACCGAGGACGACGACGGGAUGAAACAUCUUCAGCAGGAAGCAGAGAAGAUGGUGGCCUCGCUCCAGGAGAGCUCCAUGGACGAGGAGUGCUUCACCCAGGCCAUCCAGGAGCCGCGCAACACGGCCGCCGCCCUGCCCCUCUCCCACGAGGCCGCCAUGAAGUGGUUCUACAAGGACCCUCAGGGGGAGAUCCAAGGGCCCUUCACCACGCAGGAGAUGGCGGAGUGGUUCCAGGCCGGCUAUUUCACCAUGUCGCUCCUGGUGAAGCGCGGCUGUGACGAGGGCUUCCAGCCGCUGGGCGAGGUGAUCAAGAUGUGGGGAAGAGUGCCUUUCGCGCCGGGCCCGUCGCCGCCCCCGCUGCUGGGGAACCUGGACCAGGAGCGGCUGAAGAAGCAGCAGGAGCUGGCGGCGGCCGCCCUCUACCAGCAGCUCCAGCAUCAGCAGUUCCUGCAGCUCAUCAACCGGUACCUGCCAGACAGGCCGCAGUUCGCCCAAUGUGCGCUGCAGCAGAAGCUGGCGGCCGGCGACCUCACCCAGCAGCAGCUCACUGCUUUCCUGCAGCAGCUGCAGGCUCUGAAACCCAGAACCGGGGAGCAGAACCUGAUCCCGGCGAUGAACCGAUCCAUGUCCGUGCCAGACACAGGGUCCCUGUGGGACGCGCAUACCUCAGCCUCACAGCCCGCAGGCAGUGAGGCCAGUCUAUGGGAUAUACCAAUUAAUUCUUCAACUCAGGGUCCAAUCUUAGAACAACUGCAACUGCAACAGAAACUCCAGGAGCGCCGCGACGCGGAACUCAGGGCUAAGAGGGAGGAGGAGGAACGCAAGCGGCGCGAAGAGAAGCGGCGCCAGGAGGAGCAGAAGCGGCGCGAGGAGGAGGAGCUGUAUCGGCGGAAACAGUAACGCCCCUGCCCCCCGCAGUGCCGGCAGCAGGAGCUGGUGCUGAAGCUGCUGCAGCAGAGUCAGGCGCAGAGCGCGGCGCCCUGGGGGGGGCUGGCCAAGCCCCCCGGGGGCAUGAAGGCCCUGCUGGAGCUGCAGGAGAGCGAGCGGCAGCUGCAGAAGCAGCAGCGGGCCCCCUCGCAGUGGGGCGCCGACUCCAGCCCGCUAUGGAGCAGCCAUGAGAAGUGGGACGAGGGCGCCAAGAACCUGAGGAGCCUGGGCCUGAAGAGCAGCCGCAGCAGCCCCUCCCUCGGGGACAGCUACGGGGGGCCGAGCCGGCAGAGCCGGAAGAAGACGGACGAGGAGGAGAAGCUGCUCAAACUGCUGCAGGGGAUCCACAAGCCCCAGGACGGCUUCACGCAGUGGUGCGAGCAGAUGCUGCACGUCCUGAACAGCUCCAGCAACCUCGACGUCCCCACGGUGGUGGCGUUCCUGAAGGAGAUGGAGUCCCCCUACGACGUUCAC